GAGCCGGCGCGACGGCGUGCGGCCGGCCUUGUUAGGUGGCGCCCAAGGCAGCCGUUCUUUCGUUCGGAGAUCGCUUCUCCUGCGGAAGCUUCUGGGCGGCGGGCGGUGGGGAAGUUGCGUGCUCCGCGUUUUGAAAUCCUGUUUGUGCUGACGGCUUUGACGACGAACGGUUCUCCUUAAGCCUCGUUGCCUUCUUCAGUGUCUUCGCUAGGGUUUUCGUGAACGCGUUUGAGGUUCUCUGGACCCGUUUGCCCGUCUUUCUCUAAUUGUGUUAUUCCGGCGAAAUAAGGAAUAAUGCAGUUAUGUAUGUCGUUUGGAGUGGCUGUAUGAACCCAGUAGUCUUAAAUUUUGUUUUUAGGCAAAAAUUUAAAAUGUGAAGUAUAGCAGAUACUCUGUAAUUCUUAGUGUUUUAGUAUUCUGCUCUAAGAACAAUGGGGGAAAAUGUGAAAAGCGCUUUUGAAACUGUGACGCAAUGUAUAUACCCAGAAAAGAUACGAUUAUCACCCUGAUUUGUAUUGUUGGGAAAUGUUAGCGCAGAAGUUUCUUGACUCCGUGGGGACCAGGUUAGGAGAGGAGAGCAAGGGUCCUUGGCUUCAUCUCUCGCCACAAAUUUGAUGAGGAAUAGUUAGCUUGCUCGGUUAAGAUUUGGUGAGAUUGUGAGCCCAUGUAAGGUUUUGUUUGGAAGGAUUUUGCCGCUAUCCGUAUGGCUCUGGAGAAAUUAUGAGUCGCAGUAACUUCAUCUGAGACAAAGAAAUUAGGCUACUAUCUGAAGUUCCUAAAUAGUUUCUAAACGUUCUUUCCACAUUUAUUAUUCUUAAAUGCUUUCGUUUCAUUUUGUCUUAAACACCUGAAGAGACACAACUGUGAACAGUAUGGAGGGAUCGCUGCGUUUUGUGAGGAUCGGUUUAGGUAGACAUUGUUUUCUUGAACCAGUGUCUCAGGUUUAAUACUUUAAGAGAGAUUAAAGAUGAUAGUUAUAGCUAAAGGGAGUUAUUGAUCAGGCUUUUAUUGCAUACAUAGUUCUGGGGACUUAAUUUGUUUUCACUCAUUUAAUCUUCAUAAAACCUUGUAAGGUGUAAAUAUUUAUAUCGCUGUUUUACAGAUGGGAAAACUACAAGCACUUGGAAGUUAAAUAAUAUGUCAAAGGAUUACUUUUGUGAUUCCACACUCUUCUUAACCACUAUUAUAUGUGCUAUAUGGGGUUUAGGAGCCCUGGUGGUGCAGUGGGUAAUUGACUGCUAUCCAACAGUUUGGUGGUUGGAAAUCACCAGGCGCUCCGCGGGAGAAAGAUGUGGCAGUCUGCUUCUGUAAAGAUUUACAGCCUUGGAAACCAUAUGUGGUCGCUAUGAGUCAGAUUCGACCCCGUGGCAGUGAGUUUGGUUUUGGGUAUAUGGGGUUUAAUGUUCAGAAUUUUCUUUUCUGGAAUUGAUUAUCUGUGGGUAAUAUCUAAUUCAGCUGUUUUUGUUGUUUUUGAAAAAAUGUGCUUUGUCUUAAAGAGCAGAAAAAAACUGAGUCUGUGUUUAUGUUAGCUUAAUUUUAAAAAAUAAAAGAAAUGCGUUUAUGGUUGUGUGGAAUUUCAAAAUCCGUAACUAUCCAGAACAGUUGUUCGAAAAGUAUGGUCUCCUAGAAGUGGAUAGGGGCUGAGAUCCUCCUGGGAAAUCUGUUGUUAGGUACCAUGGAGUGGAUUCCGACCAAUAGCGACCCUAUGUGACAGAGUAGAACUGCCCCAAAGAGUUUUCUAGGCUGUAAUCUUUAUGGGAGCAGAUCACAGGUCUUUCUGCAAAGGAGAGGCUUGGUCGCUUCGAAUCCCAAUCUACUAGGUAUAUUAAAGCAAGUCAAAGAUUACAUUAAACAGUGUAGCAAAUGUCAGGAGAAACUAGAUCGUUCUCGUCCAAUAUCAGAUGCCUCAGAAAUGUUGGAAGAAUUGGGGCUAGACCUUGAGUCUGGAGAAGAAAGUAAUGAAUCAGAGGAUGACCUGAGCAACUUUACUUCACCUCCAACUACAGCCUCUAAGCCUGUGAGAAAGAAGCCAGUAUCCAAACAUGAACUUGUAUUUGUUGACACGAAAGGUGUGGUAAAACGAUCUUCUCCAAAACAUUGUCAGGCUGUCUUAAAACAACUGAACCAGCAGAGACUCUCCAACCAGUUCUGUGAUGUUACUUUGUUAAUUGAAGGAGAAGAGUACAAAGCUCAUAAAUCUGUUUUGUCAGCUAAUAGUGAAUAUUUUCGAGAUCUUUUCCUUGAAAAAGGAGCUGUUUCCAGUCAUGAGACUGUGGUGGAUCUUUCUGGUUUUUGUAAGGCAAGUUUCCUUCCUUUACUAGAAUUUGCCUAUACUUCUGUGCUAAGUUUUGACUUCUGUAGCAUGGCUGAUGUAGCCAUCUUGGCUCGUCAUCUCUUCAUGUCAGAAGUUUUAGAAAUCUGUGAAAGUGUACACAAACUGAUGGAAGAGAAGCAGCUAACAGUAUAUAAAAAGGGUGAAGUACAAACAGUUGCAUCCACCCAGGACUUACCAGAACAGAAUGGAGUAAGAAUAGCACCUCCUGUGGCUAGCAGUGAGGGAACUACAGCAACUUUAUCUACUGAACUAGAGGAUUGUGAAAUUGUACUGGUAGUAAAUGGAGAAUUGCCAGAAGCUGAGCAGAAUGGAGAGCUAGGUCGACAGAAUGAGCCCCAGGUCUCUUCAGAGGCUGAAGCUGCUCUGUCACCUGUUCAGUGUAUCACUGAUUGCCAUCCUGAAAUGGAAUCUGUUGACUUAGCAACAAAGAACAACCAGGUGAAACUAGAAACCUCCAGCAGUAGAGAAGAUAGCACAGUCUCUAAUAUUCCUCCUAAACUUUCAAAAGACAGUGUAAUCAGUAGCUCCCCAGAGAACAGUGAUAUGGGAAAUGAUAUAUCAACUGAGGAUGUCUGUGCUGAGGACACUCCAGAACAUAGACAGAACCUUGCCCAACCUUUAAAAGAUCAGGAAAAUCUAGUUACACUGACAGCAAAGGCAGACCUUGGCCCUGAUGAUGAUACUUACAGAAGCAGGCUUCGGCAGCGUUCAGUUAGCGAAGGAGGAUAUAUCCGACUGCACAAGGGAAUGGAGAAAAAGCUGCAGAAGCGGAAAGCUGUUCCCAAGUCAGCAGUUCAACAGGUGGCCCAGAAAUUAGUUCAAAGAGGAAAAAAGAUGAAACAGCCAAAAAGAGAUGCUAAAGAGAACACCGAAGAAGCAACCCAUAAAUGUGGGGAAUGUGGGAUGGUUUUUCAGAGACGAUAUGCCCUUAUAAUGCACACACUGAAACAUGAAAGAGCUAGAGAUUACAAAUGUCCAUUGUGUAAAAAACAGUUUCAGUACAGUGCCUCCUUGAGAGCACACCUUAUCCGGCAUGCCAGAAAAGAUGCCCCCACUUCAUCCUCUUCCACUUCCACAUCCAACGAGGCGUCGGGAACAUCAUCUGAGAAGGGCAGAACCAAACGAGAGUUUAUAUGCUCCAUAUGUGGAAGGACAUUACCUAAAUUAUAUUCUCUUCGAAUACAUAUGUUAAAGCACACAGGUGUAAAGCCACAUGCAUGCCAGGUCUGUGGAAAGACUUUUAUCUAUAAGCAUGGUCUAAAAUUACACCAGAGUCUCCACCAAUCGCAGAAGCAGUUCCAGUGUGAACUCUGUGUUAAGUCAUUUGUUACCAAACGAAGUCUUCAAGAACAUAUGAGCAUUCACACAGGAGAGUCCAAGUACCUUUGCUCAGUUUGUGGAAAGUCUUUUCACAGGGGCUCUGGACUCAGCAAGCACCUAAAGAAACACCAGCCAAAGCCUGAGGUUCGAGGCUAUCAUUGUACUCAAUGUGAAAAAAGUUUCUUUGAAGCAAGAGAUCUUCGUCAGCACAUGAACAAACAUCUUGGUGUCAAGCCGUUCCAGUGCCAAUUUUGUGAUAAGUGCUAUAGUUGGAAGAAAGAUUGGUAUUCCCAUGUGAAGUCUCAUUCUGUCACUGAGCCUUACAGGUGUAAUAUAUGUGGCAAAGAAUUUUAUGAAAAAGCAUUGUUCAGAAGGCAUGUAAAGAAAGCUACCCAUGGCAAAAAAGGAAGAGCAAAGCAAAACCUGGAAUGGGUAUGUGAACAAUGUGGAAGAAAAUUCACUCAGCUGAGAGAGUACAGGAGACACAUGAACAACCAUGAAGGAGUUAAGCCAUUUGAGUGCUUGACAUGUGGAGUAGCUUGGGCUGAUGCCCGAUCUCUAAAACGCCACGUCAGAACACAUACUGGUGAGCGGCCCUAUGUCUGUCCUGUAUGUAGUGAAGCCUACAUAGAUGCUCGAACACUUCGCAAACAUAUGACUAAAUUCCACAGAGAUUAUGUGCCUUGCAAAAUUAUGCUGGAGAAAGACACCCUUCAGUUUCAUAACCAAGGAACUCAAGUGGAGCAUGCUGUUAGCAUCUUAACAGCAGACAUGCAGGAACAAGUAAGCAGUGGUCCUCAGGAACUGGAGACUGUAGUAGUGACAGGAGAAACUAUGGAAGCUCUCGAAGCUGUUGCAGCUACUGAAGAAUGUCCAUCCAUGUCUACGCUUUCUGACCAAAGUAUUAUGCAAGUGGUUAAUUAUGUAUUGGCACAGCAGCAAGGACAGAAGCUCUCUGAAGUUGCAGAAGCUAUUCAGACUGUUGAAGUAGAGGUGGCACAUAUUUCAGAAGCAGAAUAAAUAAAUAGUAAUGGAGAUUAAAACGAAGUGACAUUUCAUGUACACUGAACUCACAGAACAUUUGUUUACAGUACUGUGUGACUAUCCACUUAAGAGUUUGUAUGUCAAGGCUCUGCGCUGUUUACCGAUGGUGCGACAUUUCUAAAUGGUUUGUUUGGCCAGUGGGUCCUGCAGAAAGAUCCAUUUACUGUAAAGAAAUUGAAUAUAUUUGAUGGCAGUGGUUUAUCAUGGUAUAAUUUUUUAUGAAUUAAUGUUUAUAAAGGACUGUACUAAAUCAAAAACUGCUCAGUUUCAUUUGCAUUUUGACACUAUUAUAUAUUUUGAGUUUAAGAG